AUGGUCAUCCGGGAGGACUUGACUCAAUAUAAAUUGAAGCUACUGAAGGAUGAAAUCACGAAAAUGGGAAGGAAUGGUAGAGUCUGGACGACAAACGGCACAAUAUUCUGCAAAUAUGAUGGAGAAGGCAGAACUGUGAAGAUAGAGAAGCUCAGUGAUAUUGCAAAAUUAGCUUUACGUGUUUUCUUCUUCGUGACCUGCCUUGCCUCUUUCUUCCAUCAUCCUUUCUUGAAGUAUUUCAUCAAUAGUGCUUCAGCCAUUAGUUCUUCCGGGAUUGGAGUGGCAGGUGGUGAGUUUUCUUGUAAUUUAAGCUCGAGCUCCUUUGCAUUUUUCUUUCCAAGAUAG